GCGUUUCUGAACUGAGACUUGAACACCGUCUGCUAAAUUACCUUUCGUCCCUCCGAACUCUCUGAACCCAAAACAAUGCAAUUCGCAACGACGUCGUUAAUGGACAAAGCGGUGUCCCCAUCAAUUCUUUACACCCUUUCACCCAAGCCCUCCCCAAUUUCAACCAGAAAGCUUCCCUCCCUGUUUCUCUGCUGCUCCGAUUCGAGCACCACCGCCGUCUCCACCUCUUGGUCUCCUCCUCCGAUUCCGGCCACCACCGGCACGGCGCCGCCGGUCGUGAGGCGGAGGACGAGGUACAGGAAGCAGUACCCGGGAGAGAGCAAAGGCAUCACCGAAGAGAUGAGGUUCGUCGCCAUGAGGCUCCGUAACAGAAACGGCAAGAAACUCGACCCCCGAUCUGACGGUGAUGAUACUCAGAGUGAAAGUGACGAUAAUGCCCCUGACGACAGUGAUGCGUCGGAAUCUGACGGCGAGAAGGAGACUUGGCAGCCUAGUGUGGAGGGGUUGCUCAAGUACUUGGUGGACAGUAAGCUCGUGUUUGACACCGUGGAGCGCAUUGUUGAUGAUUCAAACGACGUCGCUUACGCGUAUUUCAGGAAUACCGGAUUGGAAAGAUCAGAAGCGCUUUCGAAAGAUUUGCAAUGGUUUGGUGAACAGGGCAAUGUGAUUCCGGAGCCCAGCAAUCCAGGAGUUUCUUAUGCCAAGUAUCUUAAACAAGUUGCAGAAACUUGUGCGCCAUUGUUCCUCUGCCACUUUUAUAAUAUAUAUUUUUCACAUAUAUCUGGUGGGCAGGUCAUAGCAAGACAGGUAUCUGAGAGGCUACUUGAAGGAAGGGAGUUGGAGUUUUACACAUGGGAAGGCGAUGUGCCAGAGUUAAUGAGAGGGGUUCGUGAGAAGCUCAACAAGCUUGGAGAGCACUGGAGUCGAGAUGACAAGAACAAAUGCUUAAGAGAAACAACCAAGUCAUUCCGAUCUCUGGGGCAGAUAAUUCGCCUGAUCAUCUUACAAACCAAGUGAUAUCAAAUUAACAGCUCAGAAGCUCACUCAUGGGUAGCAUGGUUCUACUGUGGACUCAUGUUCGUACAAAGAUGGUUCGUCACCAGACUGAAGUAGGAUGCAUCUCCGGAAAAAACGUCAUCUUCUCCUGGAAAUUUUCCUUAGGACUCGAAAGACUGCACUCAGCAGUCAGCACAACAAGAACAUUCUAUUUCUGAGCCUCAUCUUGCCAGCAGGAUCUUGGCUUUUCUCCCUGUUUCAGGCUCGAAGGCCUUCUAGUCUCUUAAGCCCUUUGGAUGAUUUAUCCGUUGGUUUGAUUUCAAAGUGCUCACAUUUAAGGCUUGGUGGGUUCAUUAGGUUAGGUAAUGAUAGAGCCAUUUGUUCACUGUAGUAGGUGAUCCACAAGCUAUGGCUGCUGGCCUGAAGUACUUCAGAGUUAAACCUAAGUAAGUUCAUCUUCAAAGCUGUGCAGAGUGAAACUUGUCGGCGGUGUGUCAAUUGUCAACAGGAAUCCCUGUACUUGGGCCUUUCGCCCCUCUUUAACAAUUAGUUAAUUACGCCGUUGAUUAUCAUA